AUGACUUCAUUAUUAAUACAUAAAAUGAAUUCAGGUAAACAAGGAGAUGAUGCUUGGUAUUUUGAUUGUCCUGCUUUUGAUGAUAAAAUAUCAGAAAAUACUAGUAUAGGGUAUAGAAUUAAUUUUUAAAUUAUUUAUGAAAGAUAAACAGUUAUUGGAUUAUUAGUUAAUGAGGGACAUAUCAGAGAUGCCUAAGUUAUUAAAGAUACUUUUAAACCUCUUUAUGAAUUAAUUAAAGAAUUAUGA